CAAAGUGUCAAAAACCACAAAGUACGCUCCGUCCUCUCCGUCCAAGUCUCGCCCUCCUCUGAUUUUUGCAGAAGAUAUCGUCGUUGAAAGCUCUGUUCAUACCCGAAUAGGUUUAUUAGGACUCGUGGGGGGUUUUUCGGUGAGGAUGGAUGUGAUCAACUGUUUCGCAGAUGAGAUUAUUUGCCACAUUCUAUCUUUCCUUCCGAUAAAAGAGGCUGCUUUAACAUCUGUCCUCUCAAAGCGAUGGCGUAAUCUGUUUGCCUUCACGCCGAAUCUUCAUCUAUGACCGACCGGGAAAAUACCGAAUAAAACUACCAACCGUUGGAGUGAGAACAACAGGCACCGUAAUGGUGGAGAUGGUGGACAAGAAUGGGCUCCAUUUCUCAGACGAAUUCUCUCUGACUUUCCAUAUGUAUUAUUACAAGCUCCUGAAAUGGCUGCUUGUCCUCCCGAUGCUCGGCAUGUUCGGCCUGCUCGUGAUACUACGGCCUCAAGAAGCCGUACCUCUCCCGUCCUUUUCCCGCAACACAGACUUGUGAUGUUAGGUACUGUCCGUACACCGGGAGCUGUUAAGUAUCGCCUUAAAUACCUCGUCUAAAGUAUCCAGGGACAAGUUCGUAUUAGAAUUUUGGGGUUUCUGUAUCUUCGUGGAUAAUGUGUUGGACGUGUCAGGCAACUUCCCCAUGAGGAAGAUCUCGAUAAAGUGUCGAAACAGCAUCUUCCUCUACACGGGUCCUGUCACCCGCUGGAUGGCCGACGCGGUGAGACACGGUGUGGUGAAUCUUGAUAUAGACGUGGUCGCUGAAGAUGUGGUUCUGGUGCCUCUCGAGAUCUUCACUUGCAAGACGAUGGUCGAGCUGAAGCUAGCGAAAGGAUUUGAAGCUAUGAUCCCUGAGGAUGUUUCUCUCCCAUCACUCAAGAGUCUCUGUCUUGACUCGGUUUAUUUCUAUAACAGUAGCUGUUGUGUUUUGGAGAAGCUUCUUUCUGCUUGCCCUGUGCUUGAGGAACUAACCAUUCGUAGUGGGAGGUGGCAGGAUCAUCGGAAAUGUCGUCGCAACGUGUCCUCUUCCACACUUAAGAAACUUACUAUCGAGUGUCUUGAGCCUUAUGAUUUUUGGGACAUGAGUCUCGACACUCCAAGUCUUGCCUACUUGGAGUACUCUGAUGAAUUAGUUCCAAGAGAGUAUCCGGUUGUGAAUCUCGACUCCCUUGUGGAAGCAAAGCUUGAUCUUCAUUUAAGCGAUGGUGCUAGCAAUCCAACAAAUCUGAUUAAGGGGUUAAGAAAUAUUGAGGCCUUGGAGUUAUUAUCUGUUGAUACUUGGCAGAUGUUCUGCGUUUUCCCUGAAGCAAUCCCAAUUUUCAGAAACCUGUUUCGUUUGACUAUUACAAUUAAUUUCCCUGCCCACGAUUGGAAGUUUCUGCCAAUACUUGGAGAAAAAACUCCAAAUCUACAUACCCUCGUCAUAAAGGGUACGUUGUUCGCUUGUAAAUGUGAACGAGAGUACGGAUUGUCAUGUCCCGUGAGAGUAUUGGAGAUAACCGAUUAUGGAGGGAAAACUGGAGAGCUAGAGCAUAUGAAGCAUUUCCUAGAUGAUCUGUCAUGUCUUGAGCUUGUCAAAGUUCGUGCUUAUGCAACAAACGACAAGGAAAAGUCUCGGAUCACCAAUGAUCUGCUAAUGGUCCCUAGAUCGUCUAACUGCAAUAUGCAGAUCAAGUUUUGCGAGAAAACUAAGUUUAUGCGCGGAAAACAAACUUUGAAUAAUUAAGUUUCUGUUGGGUCAUAAAUCGGAUUAUGUGCAUAUGGUUACAGUUGCUCUGUGGUUUAUCUUUCGUUUGAAGUUCGAACGUGAAUCGGAAAACAAAUCUCUCAGUCUGCAACUUUUUAACUUUCUAGCUAUACUUACUUACCUGGUGAUGGUGACAGAUGGUUGACAAUAUGCGAUCAUUGCACUUGCACAUCAUGAUGAUCUUUGUGAUAUUUUUCGUCUAUGUUUCACCAUUGAUUUUUGUUUUUGGGUAUAUGAAUGGACAUUAUGUCGCGUGUUUGCGGAACUUACCAAUGUUGGACAGGAACAAGAUGCUCUCCAUGGUCUCCACGAGCUUCAGAGCUUGGCAAGAAACCACAUGGAAAUGUUACUUUCUCUGUUGAUUUGAGGAGGGGCAAGGUUUGCCAAAGUUGGACUGAUCCGAUGCAGAACAGCUCUUGAGAUAUUGCAAACCAAGUUGGAAGCAUUAUAUGCGGCUUUGCGAAACAAUGAGAAAUCAUUGGGCAAACCAUAACAAAUACAGAGACCAGAAGAACCGGUCCUUUGUUUCUGGCUUGCUAUUUCACCAAUUCCAUCCAUUCCAGGGCAUUAUUUCUGUCGGAGCCGGUUUCAAGAGGUGUAUGGAGCUGUGCAACUCAGGAGGUCAAAAGCUUUUGUUGGAUAGAAUUUCCAAAUUCGGUGCGUCUUUACCAUUGUACUUCUCCCAGUAUGUUCUCUUUGGAGAAGUUUGCUACUCUGAGGCUGCUUCAACAGCUGUUGAGAAGAUAUCAGUUGACGCCGUGGAAAACAAUUUUGUUGCGAAGGAAGAUGCUACGAGAGUGUAGAAAGGAGGAGCUGAAGGGAAAUUGCUGAAAGGUCAAGGCAGAGAGAACAAGGGGCUUGAGGCAAGAAGCCCUGUUGAACCAAACCUAUGCACUACCUUGGCAGUCACCUGCUAAAUAUGUGACUAGUCGUUCUCAGUAUAAAGUUGUUGACUUGGAUUAGGCUUCUGAUUCUCUCUGUCUCAGGUUGUUUCUGGAGGAGUUAAUGAGAGAAGGUUUCUGUUUGUGUUGUACAUGAUGAUUCACACCAAGCACAGGCCCUUGUGGAGAGUAGUACCCAUAUUGGUAAGGGAGCAAUGUUUAGAGACAAGAUUUUGUUCAUAGAUUAGAAUGAGAUGUACAAGAUUUUGUUCAUUGGGCUUAUGUAUCCGUGCAUCUUGCUAUCUUUUAUACAUAGAUAUCGAUGGUUAUGAUGAGGAUUUACAAUGUGGUAAAACAGUAUCAAUUAUCGAGGGUGUUGCUAUAUACUACAUUGUUUUUUAAAAUUAAAUUGUGUUUAAAUUUGGAUUCGCU